CACUCAUCACUCCCUCAUAAUGAUGAGAAAGGGAACGUGAUGAGCUUGGCAUUUCUGCCAAUUUUCUGGUAUUCAGUCAACAUGUGUCUCAAUCACUCUCUUUACCCGUCCAUUCCUCCGGUGCAGGGCAGGGCAUGGGUAGAUUCUCUGAAUAUGCUCCUAUCCCAAUUAGUGGGUAAUGGAUAAGCUCUUCUUUCUCUAUCUCUCUCAACGUCACGCCCUGGGAAACAAUUUAAAUUGGCCUCCCUUAUCCAAACUUUCAGUCAUGGUAGUAGGCUAGGAGCAACAUCUUGGUGUUUCUUAAAGUUGCAUCCUUCAAGCUCAAAUCCUUUGCUGUGUUUUUCAAAAUGGCAGUCGAUGUUUCCUUUGAAGAUUGCAAAAAGAGUCUUAUGGACAAUAUGAAUGAUUCAAAAAUGCUUGCAGUGUCUUCUUUGAAUUCCAGUUCCUUUACAAGCCAUCUAUGUGAAGAGGGAGACUGGCACCAAUGUGAUUCACCCCUGUCUCCUCCAUCUGUGGAAGAUUACGAUUUCUCUGACCUAGAAGAUGCUGAGGUAUUGGAGGUGAAGGGGAAGGACAAGGCUGGUAGAAGGAUUUUGAGAAUAGUCGGCAAGUAUUUCCCUGCUAAUCUUGUCAGUGGGCAAAGACUGCAGAAAUAUGUAAACCAUAAAAUCUCAAAUGAAAUACCUGAAGGGCCUUUUUGUGUUGUUUACAUUCACACAUCAGUACCAAAGGGUAAUAAUUACCCUGGGUUCUCUACGCUGAGGUUGAUCUAUCAGGAGCUACCUCCAGCAUUUAAAGAAAGGCUUGAAGUAGUUUAUUUCCUACACCCAGACUUUCAGUCAUGGCUGCUAUUUGCAACCUUUGGUUGGUUUUUCUUAAGUGGAGGCUUAUACGGGAAACUGAAGUGUGUGAAUCGUUUGGAAUUUCUGUGGGGCCACAUUAGGAAGGGUCAAAUUGAAAUUCCUGAUUUCGUACAUGAUCAUGAUGAUCAACUCGACGACAGGCCAUUGAUGGACUAUGGAGUGGAAGCAAAUCCCUUUUAUGUUUAUGAGGUGACCUUGGCCAAACAGGAUGGACAUCAUGAAGUUUAGAACAAAUUCAACACUGCAAUUAUGAUAUCCACCUUUUGCCAGGUGAUCUGUCAUAUGCAGAUUACUGGCAGCCUUUGUGGGACUUAUUUGAAUGGCUAAUUGAGCCUUCGGCAAGUUCAAGGCCAUGGAUGGUCACGCAAAGGAAUCACCAGAAGGAAUUAAUUCCCUUAGUUAUGCCUCCAUUUAGAGCAUGCAAUGGACAAUGGCGUAUGCUUUUUGAAGAAAGUGGUUCAAGUUCAAAUCUUUAUUACUUAUUUGAAAUCGCAGGUGUACACGUCAUUAUGCUUGGUUCCUAUACUGACUAUGAAGAGGUUUCAGAUCAAUAUCAGUGGCUUUAGGUACAUGUUUUAUAGUGUCUGACCUACUUAGGUUUCAUAAGCACCCCUCUGGUAAGUUUAUAGUCAGAAAUGCCUCGUUACAAAUUUCCUGAAGCUCUGAUUUUUUAGAAUUUUAAGGAUGACCUUUCAAGGGUGGAUAGGGUGAAGACACCUUGGCUUAUGGUGUUGUGGGGUUUAGAUAAGAAAACGAUACCAAAACUAUAGUUUUCUUGUUGACGCUUGAAAAGUUAUGCAGGGAAUUAUGAAUGUAUCCAUUAUCAACAAUAUGAAUCCAAAUAUUGCAAUACACCUAAGAGACAUGCAAAUAAUAAUUAUAAAUUGCACUCAGAA